UACAUUCUCCAGUCGACUAAUUUACAGUCCGAAUGCAACCCCAAAAUCGUCUCCAUUCGGGAGAUUUCUAGGGUUUCUUGCUCGAUCAUCUCGACCGCCACGCCGCUGGAGAUCCCUAUACUCCGUACGCCCGCGUCCUGCGAGUUGGCUAUCGGCUGUGUUCCUCGAUCCGCCUCCGAUUUGGCCCUGGAUUGUCUCUGGACAGCUGAGUUUCUACCCAGUCCGGGGGGGAAAACAGAAGCAGAUUUUAGGAGUACUGUGGGCAUUCAUCUGUAUGAUCUUUGGGUACCUCUGAUGGGAAGUGGCAUUUUUGUGUGUGGAUGAGAUAACACAUUUUUAGCAUUGAUGAGGAAAAAGAGGAAAGGAAGCGAAGCUGAUACAUCUGCUGAGCUACCAGAAGUUACCAAAUCAACCCGUGAGCGGCAAUCAUCAAAUUUGAGGUCUCACUACUCAUUAGAAGACUAUUCGCGGCUGAAGAAGAGAUGCAAGGAAGAUGCUGUUGCCGAACCUAUUAACUCCUGUAAAAGUAGGCUUGUCGGCAUUGCCACUGCUCCGCCAUGUGGAACCUCGUCAUUGGUCACUGCUGGGAGAGGUCUCAAAAGGAAGAUAGGGUGUAUAGAUGUGGCAACUCAAAUGGGUCGUAAGAAGAAGAUUGAGGAUGACUAUGUUCAGGGUGACACCAUUGGUCAAGGGAAAUUUGGUUCGGUUUCGUUGUGCAGAUCUAAGGCAAGUUGCGUAGAAUUUGCCUGCAAGACUUUGCGGAAAGGGGAGGAUCCCGUUCAUAGGGAGGUGGAGAUCAUGCAGCAUUUGUCAGGCCAUCCGGGAAUUGUGACAUUGCAAGCAGUGUAUGAGGAGCCAGAUUGUUUUCAUCUUGUGAUGGAGUUAUGCUCUGGUGGGCGGCUCAUUGAUUGGAUGGUGAAGGAGGGUCCAUUCUCGGAACAGCGGGCUGCAAAUAUAUUAAAGGAAGUAAUGCUUGUGAUCAAGUAUUGUCAUGAAAUGGGCGUUGUACAUAGAGACAUAAAGCCUGAAAAUAUUCUUCUCACGACUUCAGGACAAAUAAAGCUUGCAGAUUUUGGACUGGCUAUGAGAUUUUCCAUUGGUCAGAACUUAUCAGGUUUGGCUGGAAGUCCGGCUUAUGUUGCCCCAGAAGUUCUGUCAGGGAACUAUUCUCAGAAGGUGGAUGUAUGGAGCGCUGGAGUCCUUUUACAUGCAUUAUUGCUGGGUUUUCUUCCUUUCCAAGGAGAUUCUUUGGAGGAUGUUUUCGAGGCUAUAAAGAGUGUAGAGCUUGAUUUCCAUGCGGGGCUGUGGGAAUCAGUUUCUAUGCCCGCUCGUGAUCUGAUUGGAAGGAUGCUAACUAGGGAUGUUUCCGCACGGAUAUCUGCAGAUGAAGUGCUCAGACAUCCCUGGAUCUUGUUCUACACGGACCGCACUCUGAAGACUAUCUCCAUCAAGUCGCGAGCAAAGAAUCAUGGGGGAACAGCUUCUCUUCGAGUACCUGUUUCCACGAGAGUCGGAUCCCCGAUUAACCUGAUAGAAGAUGACUCCCUUAAUGGAAAAUUAACCCAACUCCUGUCGACACCUUCUACCCAGAGCUGUAAGUCUGAGGAGCCAGAUGAGAGCGGUUUCAUUGAUGCUCUUUCAGUAGCAGUAUCCCAUGUGAGAAUCUCCGAGCCCAAAAGGACCCGGCUCUGUAGUCCAACUGGCCCGAUAGAACAACAGCACUCCUCCAACCUGAGGUCUAACGCCCUCUGUAAAGCUUUCUGACCUAUAACCCUCAUAAUAAAGAUCCCCUCAGCCCCGUUAUCUCAGCCACCGAUUGUUGUGGACCCGCACUGGUUGUCGUGGGAACCUAUUUAUCGGAGGUUGUGGUCAACCGGUCUAGAGGAAGACAAUGACAAGAGGGGAACCCAUCAAAAAGGCCUUCUCCUCUGUUGCUUUUAUGACUCUGGAGAUCGAGAACUCACCCUCCCACCCUACCAGUCCCUAAGGAACUUACUAUUCGUUACGACUCGUUUCUCAUUUUUCAGGUUGACUAACUAUUAUGUACAGAAAAUAGUGAUCUUGUAAAUAGUUUGUUGCUCGGAGCUAAUGAUCGACUGAACCGAAAUUGAGUUCUACUCGUAACUCUUAUAUUUCUUUA